GUCUGCGCCUGCGUCAUUUCUGGAGAGACGCAAGCUAGCAGGUAACUAGCAUGGAUGUAAAGCUAAACAUCUAAGAGCGAUGGCGUCCGCAGCGAUGGAUACCACGUAAAUAACAACACAUACAGUACAACGGUCAGUGUAUGUUCGCGUGUCAUUAACGAUUCGUUGUAGAGGCUGAAUAGGAAAUAUAAGUGUGUCUUCAUGGCGACCGGGAGCGGCGGCAGCGGCUUAGCGUCAAACCAUGACGGUCAGGAGGCAGCGUCCAACUCGGCUCAGUCUGGAGCCGCUGCGGUGGUCUCCAACUUGCCAGCCUCCGGUCCUGGCCGGUCUGCCUCCCCGCCUGUACUCGGCCUUCACCGGGAGCCCAUGUACAACUGGCAGGCGACCAAGAGCUCCCUGAAGGAGCGCUUCGCCUUCCUCUUCAACAACGAGCUGCUCAGCGACGUCAGGUUCAUCGUGGGGAAGGGCAGACAGGCCCAGAGGAUACCGGCCCAUAAAUUCGUCCUGGCCGCUGGAAGUGCCGUUUUUGAUGCCAUGUUCAACGGAGGGAUGGCCACAACCUCGACUGAAAUAGAGCUGCCUGAUGUGGAGCCUGCAGCCUUCCUCGCCUUGCUCAGGUUUCUGUAUUCUGACGAGGUCCACAUUGGUCCAGAGACUGUGAUGACGACUCUGUAUACAGCUAAGAAGUACGCGGUCCCUGCUCUGGAGGGUCACUGUGUGGAGUUCCUCACCAAGCACCUCAGAGCCGACAACGCAUUCAUGCUACUCACUCAGGCAAGGUUAUUUGAUGAGCCUCAACUUGCCAGUCUCUGCUUAGACACCAUAGACAAAAGCACUGCGGAUGCAAUAAAUGCAGAGGGCUUUACUGACAUCGACCUUGAUACCUUAUGUGCAGUGCUGCAAAGAGACACACUCAGCAUCAGGGAGAACCGUCUGUUUGGGGCAGUGGUACGCUGGGCAGAGGCUGAGUGUUACAGACAACAGCUUCCCCCGACCUCGGAGAACAAACAGAAGGUUCUGGGGAAAGCCCUGCCGCUCAUCCGCUUCCCACUCAUGACUGUUGAGGAGUUUGCAGCAGUAAACCCCAAACCACGGGUCGACUACAUUGACAGGCCCCGCUGCUGCCUCAGGGGGGAGGAGUGCAGCAUUAAUAGAUUCCAGCAGGUUGAGAGUCGAUGGGGGUACAGUGGUACCAGCGACAGAAUCAGAUUCAAUGUUAACAGAAGAAUAUCCAUAGUGGGUUUUGGCUUGUAUGGUUCAAUACAUGGACCCACUGACUAUCAGGUCAACAUACAGAUCUUAGAGAGCGACAAACGCAUUACACUGGGGCAGAACGACACAGGUUUCAGCUGUGACGGCACAGCAAACACGUUCAGAGUGAUGUUCAAAGAGCCUGUGGAAAUCCUACCCAAUGUCAGCUACACUGCAUGUGCCACCUUAAAGGGCCCAGACUCCCAUUAUGGCACAAAAGGAUUGAAGAAAGUGACCAAGGAAUCAGCAACGGGGACCAAGACAACUUUUUUCUUUUUUAGCUCACCUGGAAAUAACAAUGGUACAUCAGUGGAGGACGGCCAGAUACCAGAGAUCAUAUACCAUACCUAGACGUAACACGGUGUCACGCAGGUACACUGAACCAGGGAGACCUCAGACUGCUGGGAAGACUGGACUGCUGGAGAUAUACGUAGUGCCUCAUGAUCCUUUUGAAUAAAGAAUGUGUGUUUGAGUGUGUAUGUAUGUGUGUAUCUGUCUAUACAAUAGUGGUGUACAGACAUGAUCACAGCUCUGGUGUGGGGGGGAUAAAAAAAAAAGCUUUUUGAGCAUAAUCAUCAGUUGUAAAUUAUCUAAAUACUGAUGUCCUGUCUGUGUGUUGUUAUCAUUAAGCUGCCAGUGCAGGAGUUUAUCCUGCACGAGUGUCAAUUUUUGCUGAUGCAUUUACUGCAAGUAUAACAUUUGCAUAUUUUUUUUAUUGUGCACUGUUAUCAUUUAUUCAGCAGGUGUCUUAGAGUACUUUUGCAUUGUAUUAAGGAUCCAUGUGUGUUAUGUAACUUUGCCAGUGGUACAUGUUGUAAUUUAUGACUUCAUGUUUGCUUAUCACAACAUUAAAAUGUAAAACAACAAAAAAAACAUUCUAGGACUUUUAUGGCGAAUUAAAUGGAGGGGGUGGGUCUAUUUUUAGCUUUUUGACACAAAAAUGUGAUCAAAUUUGGUCUUCGGUAGAUCAUUUAUGUAUAGCUUAUAUAAUUCCUCUUUCUGUCACUAGGUGCUGCCAGAUACUCCACACAGCCAGCUAACAAACUGCUAAAUGGAUAAACUGGGAGGAGGAAGGAAGGGUAGAUCAGCGGUUCCCAACUUGGGUGUUAAAUCUGAGAGCUCAGCGGGAUAGGAAAAGAAAGAACCAUUUCUGCUACACAAGCAUUUCAUUUGCCUCUUAAGUUCUUUAAUUAUUAAAAUUAAACAAUCUGAGGGAGAAAGUUGGUUAAACUGCUGGAGUCAGAUAAAUGUACAGCCUUUACUGUAGGAAGGGUUUUUUUGAUGGAACUGCUAAAACUAGACAUUUGAAACAUGAACCUCAACCAAACACUGAUUUAUUCUGUGGUCACAAAAAAAUGUUGCUAAGCACUGGUUUAAUCUUUACCGAUGUGUUGUCUUUGAGAAGCUUGUCUAACUUGUUUUAUCAAAAAUAUUUUGAAAUGUAACUAGCUGUAAAAUAAAUGAAAUGGAUAUGAA